GAUAAGGUUUUAAAAAGACCGCUCGGGCCCUAACUUGUGCGGCGGCGGCCCGCGGCGUGCGUAAUAGGGCGGCGUCUGAAAAGCUAACAACAAAGCUGGCUUAACAAAAGCGCACCACGCCUUUUUGAAAAAUAAAUAUGCAGAAGUGUUUGCAAGGUCGACGCGCGCCUGUGAUAAUUUUUUGGUGCAUGUCAAGGGCCCGCAAGCGCUUGGCACCCAGCAACAUUUUCGCGGUAGCACGCGCGCGGCCGCAGCACUCGAAGACCCAAUGUGCAGUGGAAUCGCCGCCGCACCGAUGCUCGCGGCAUACACACGCAUCCGAAACCGAGCGCUCGUUGCAAAACGGCUGCGGGAACCCCCAGCCACCCUCGUGACGUGCGAGACACGCGAAACCGCCCGCAGGUGACCUCGGCGCCAUGGUCAAGGACGACACGGGCCCGGCCGUGUCGACGCGGAAGCGCAAGGCCGAGGAGGAGCACGUCCAGCCGCUCGGUGCGUACUGCAGCGUCUGAAACAUCACCGCGGGGGCGCGGACGGCGCGGCCGUGAGAGAGAGUCGCUGCGGUCGCGUCGACGCCGUCGCCGCGACACACAUGGAAACCCGUCGCAUCCGCGCAGACCUCGGCAAGGAGCAGGCCGACCCGCGCGCGCCCGGCGCGCCCGCGGCGCAAAAAGCGGACUGGGCCGACAAGUACAAGCAGACGGGAUUGAAGCCCGAGGGCUUGCGGCAGGCCUACGACGGUGAUCCCACGGGUGCCAUGGGGUUGAUGGAGCACCGAAUUGCUUCAAGGCAUUUAACAGUAACAAACGCCACUCCCCACAAGAUCCACUUCUCGCUGGAAGUCGGCGAGGUCUGGGACUGGGAGAUGAUGCACCCUUCUACCUCACAUACGUUCCCUACCAGACGGAGACUGCCCUUCGCUUGUUCGAGCUUCACGUCGAAGGAGCACUACCACGAGCAUGCCGCGUACCUAGAGUCGGUACCGAGGGACGACACGCCGCCCAUCUACAAGAUCGUAGCCGUCGGGAAGGACGGCGACCACAAGCUCGUGAAUAGUGACGGCGACGCGUGCCCGACGGAGGCUCCUGACGAGUCUGAUUUGAUGGCCAUGACGAUCGCGGAGCUGGAAUUGCAGACGAAGCCGCCGCCGCCUCCCACACCUCCGCCCGACGACCCCGACGACAAGAAGACGUUUACUGCCGCGAAGCUCAAAAGUGCGAAGAAGGCUCUGGACGACGCGGAAAAGCUCCCGGAAAAAACGGACAAGGAGCAGCGCAUCAAGGCUCGCAUCGUCCGCCAGACGACGCACGCCCACGAGCAGGCCAAGAAGGCCAAUGAGCAUGCCAUAAAAUUCAGCGACGACUUCGAGAAGAAGAAGAAGGAACGGUCCGCGACUCGGCGUAGGAAUUGCCCUUGAACUUGUGGUCGCGUCGCGAUGCCUCGACGCCGUCGACGUGGCCGUCGGAGCGUCCACGCGUCGCGCGAGAGAGCUACGACGGCGUCGGUCGCGUCGAUGGCGUCUUCAUGAGACCACGCCGCCUCCACGUCGUCGUUCCACGCAGGGAGGACGCCGCCGAGAAGAAGGUCAAGGACGCCCGGGACCUGCUCGAGCAGGCCGAGAAGCGCCAGAAGGAGGCGGAAGCCCUACCUGAAGGUACGGAUCCCGAGGCCGCGGCGAAGGCGUCGCAGCACGCGAAAUGUGCCAUGACAAUCAAAGGCUGCAAGAAGCAGGUCGACGCGGCGCUGGCGGACCAGAAGAAGGUCGCGGACGUCGAGGUGUCGCGGCAGUUGGAGCGAAAAGUGGAACAGACGUCUCGAGCCGUAGAUCGCCUGAAGAAGGAUCUUGAUCAAGCAGAAAAAUUACCGGACGAUAGUGCGAAGGAGAAGAAGGCCAAGACCAAAGCUGUGGAUAAGGCCAAGAAGGACCUGGAAAAAGCUAAAUCGGAGAACGAGGUCGCGGUCAAGGCUCGCGACAAACCGAUCCAAGAGGCUCUGCAGCGACGCAUCGACAAGUGCCAGAAACUAAUCGACGAGGCGGAGAAGAUGCCCGAGACCAAUGAUCAAGAAAAACAAAUGAAGCUGCAUCGCAUCGAGCAGUGCAAGCGCGCCAAGGCGAAGGCCGAGAAAGAGAGGGACAAGGCCUUCCCGAAGCCGAAGGAGGCGCCCGCGCCGGCGCCGGCGCCCGCGCCUGCUGCUGCCGACGCCAAGGUCAAGGAGGAGAAGACGGACGGCGACGGCGACGCGAAGAUGGCCGAGGCGCCCGCGCCCUCCGAAAGUGUCGCGGAGGGGCGGCCGCGGCGCGGCGCGGCGACGCCGAAGGCCGAGGCGCCCGCACCUGCUGCUGCGAAUGGCGACGCGUCUCCCGAGAAGGAGGAGGCGCCGGCGCCGGCGCCUCGAAGCACGCGGCCGAAGCGCGGCCGCGCGGCGCGCGAGGAGUCCGAGGCGCCGGCACCGGCCGCGGCGGAGGAGGAGGGCGGCGACGACGAGGAGGAGGAAGAGGAGGAAGAGGAGGAGGCGCCGCGGCGGCGGCCGACGCGGCGCGCGGCCUCCGCAGCCAAACAACGGACGGCGGACAUGAUGGACACGAGCUGAUGAUGUUCCCGCCGUCCCUACGUUAUCUAACCACCCCCGCGACUGGCUUCGGGGUGAGAAAUAAAAAUACAAAAG